AUGGGGUCUGGGGCCUCACAAAUUGAUGAUGAUGACGAUUAUAUGGAUGAGGAAUUAGACAAACCUCAACCGAAAAAAUCCCAGCCUAAAAAAAAAUUACAACGAAAGUCUCGGAAAGGUAAUCAAAACCCCUCCACUGAAGUCCCUACAACAUCCAAAGAUGAAUUGCUGGCAGAUGUGGACUUCAAGUAUAUUGAUAAUCACGCUUUCAAAGCCCCUCACUACCUGUUGUACACUUCCUUUGUGGAGCUGGCGGACUAUUUAACAGACGAGGGCGCCUGGCAGGAUGACCUUGUCAAGGUCAGAUCAGUGUUCCGCUGGAUUACGUCAUACAACCUAAAGAAAAUGCAGAUUGGUCCCAAUCCGCCCGCGAACACUGUCCUGGAGUAUCUCAGCAAGAUCAACUGUAACAUCGGCAACCACGCCAACUUAUUCUACAUACUGUGCCAAAUGGUGGACGUGCCUUGUGUUAUUGUUGACGGUGUCACCAAAAGUUCCGCGUACAAACUCGGGGAACCUCUUAACAAAAAAGCCAUCAAAGCUCAAUGGAACGCUGUCUACGUUAGAGACGAAUGGCGCCUCCUUGAUGUGUACUGGGCAACAACAUGUGUGGAAAUCAACAGCGGGGACACCCCUGGGGAAAUUCAAAUCAAGAAAUACGCUAAGACAAAAGUGGACAAAAAGACCAAGUUAGAACACAGAGAGCCGGUGGACGAGUGUUACUUUUUCACUGAGCCGUAUCACCUAAUAUGGACACAUCUUCCGGAUGACGAGAAAUGGCAGCUUCUGCCACAUCCAAUUAAGGAAUCGGAAUUUGAAAAACUUGUGUAUGUACGAGAGAGAAUGCAUGAACUUGAAGUGGACUUUCCUGCCAAAAAGAAUAGGCGAGUAAACGUGUUUCUGAAACAAGGUAUCGGACACAUUGAGUUAGAUCUUCCUCCCAAGCGGAGUAAGUUUCUGCGGUUUAAAUUCGCGUUUUAUCGAUCUAAAGGAUCGAUGGAUGACGACAAGGACAUUGAUGUUAUGCUAAAUAACUGUGUGAAGAUGAAUCAGACAGGUACAAACCUGUUCUUUGACUUUGACGUGCCAGUUUGUGGAACCUUCAACUUUGAAAUCUAUGGAAAAGAUGCUAAUCACAAGGAAUUGCAAGAAUUUGAUCUAAUGUGCACAUACUGCAUUCGAGCGCCUGUUCCGGAAAGGAAACCCCUUCCGCUUCCGGAUAAUCCGGAAAUAGGUUGGGGUCCAAACAUGAAGACUCUUAAAAGUGGAAUAAAGCCAGUAACUCAUAAAAGGUCCAAAAUAAUUACAGACGAUGGCAUUUUGGAGAUAAAAAUUCAAGCUCAAAAGGAGUCCAACUUGACGAUGGAACUAAGGUCCGGAGUUGUUGAUGAUGCUGCAAUUGUAAAGUACGCCAUAAUAAGGUGGGAAGACGGCCAUUACAUCAUUAACACAAGACUUCCAAAAGCUGGACAUUACAUCAUGAAAAUAAACGCUCGCAACCCUAAAAAGGGAACUAGUGUUGAAAAUGUAUUAAAUUACAUUAUAAAAAACAAUGGUAAGGAGGAGAUUGAUAAUCCCUACCCGCACAUUGAGAACGGUGUCAUAGGACCUACCGAGAGUGCGGAAAAUCUUGGUGUUCGUGCUGUGUUCGCGGAAAACAUUAUAAGAGCGAAAAAAGGCAAAACAGUAGUAGAGAUAGCGGCUGAUGAAGAGACCAAAAUCAUGCACGAAGUAGACUGCACGAACGAAGAGGGAAGGAACACUAUGGUGGCCAACGCAUCACAGGAAGGUCAAAUUCACACGUACGAUUUGGAUCUACCUGUUGCAGGAGAGUACUCACUCAAUAUUUACGAGAAACAACAAUCUGGUGUCAAUGUUCUGUAUGCAUUUUUAAUUUUAUCCACCGGAAAACCAAAGAAGCCCGUCGGAAACAAGUCUGACAGAACCAAAUCGAGAGGUUCGUUGUCCAACAAAUCAACAGUCAUUGACCUGUCAGACGCGCCUGUUAGCAAUAAAUCAAACACAAAUACACCACGACUGAUCACCAAAACAUUCCGUACUAAAGAAGUCGAGCUUUAUGUACCUGCACCUGAUGACACCGUCAAUAUUGUCGCCAUUUUGACUCCAAAAGAAACACCAACGAACACGACAAACGUGGUUCCCCUUCGCAAAGAUGGAAGUAAUUGGUUCAACGUACCGCUUGCUUCCGUGGGUGAAUAUAAAUUUGACGUCAUGAAACAAAACUGUGACUCUUCCAUCAGCUAUAUCGCCAAAUAUAAGAUUCGUCGGCUGGACAUUAACUCAGCAGAGGCCAACCAACCGGAACAGCCGGCCUUUGACCCGGAUGCACACUUCAAGGCACGAACGAAAAAGAAGGAAGAAGUUACCCAGAAUCUGGAAGACGCCAUCGAAUCCCAAAGUGUUGGGAGGAUCGAGAAUGCGAUGAUUGUAUAUGCUGGUAACGUUAGUAACAACAGUCAGGACCGCCUACUGGAGAAAGCUGAGCAGACACUGAAGACACUAUCUGUCAGAAAAGAUUUACUGGGUGCAUACGAAAAAAGGCACAUUCCCACACUUGAGCGCAUGUUAAAUAGAGCACGCGCCAACAACUUCAACAAUAUCCUGGAUUCCGAGAUUGUGCUGGCUAGCCGCCUGCUGGACAGACUAAACAACCUAAAGAGCCUGCGGAAGGAAGUGAUGAUGAAAGACUCAAAGGCUCUGACGGAACUGAAGCGUUACGCUAAUCCCCCGGCGGGGGUCUAUGAAGUGAUGUCGUGUACGCUCCUACUGCUUGGACACCCACCAUGGGAAAUAGACACAUGGGCAAAAUGCAGAGCAAUAAUAAGCCGCACCGGAAAAGAUUCUAUAAAAUUCAAAAUGGCUGAUUUUGACCCACGUGACGUGCCGCUAGAUGUCGCACUUGAUGGCAGAGACUUAAUAGAUCCAUUCACUGAAAAACAGAUUUAUGACGUCAGUCCAACUGCCGCUGCAUUCCAUUAUUGGGACACCCGUCAGCUAACGGAGGUAGAGACCACUGCUGUAUCUUUAGGAGGAAAGAAUUUCGCACCAGACGAGGUGCAGGAACUCGAGACUAUAGCUGAGAGCGAGAAUUCUGAAUUAAACAGUACAGACGUGUUACCUCUGACAGAAGAAAACCUCAAUCAGUUUGACAAUACCUCCAAACAAAAUGGCCACGUUCAAUUCGACCAAAGCUCUUCUCCAAAAACAAACGGACAUGGGCCGCCUCCAACCUCAAAUAAUAUCAGCGACACACACUCACGUAAACCUAGCACAGCAUCACGCCCCCUAUCGGAUAGAACUGUCGGAUCUAAUGGAAACUCUAGACCCUCUCCUCUCCCUCCUAUCACCCCUCGAGGGACCUACACAAACGGGUCCCCAGCAUUAACGAACCCUGCCUCGUUGACACCCCGAGGGCGAAAAAUAUUCAACUACAGAACCUCCAGGAAGAGUGGCUUCGUAAAUCUGAGAAAACUCGGAAUUAUUCCUGACUGGAAAGGUUGA